GUCAAAGGUAAAAAUGUGAAGUGAGAUUUUGCCGUCGCGUCGUCUGGUCAGCGUUGCCUGUAUUAUUUCACAUCUUGCAGUCAUACUUACGUUGUUUGUUCACCAGAUAUAAUCAUGCUUUUCUACUCAUUCUUCAAAUCUCUGGUGGGGAAAGAUGUUGUGGUUGAGCUGAAGAAUGAUCUCAGUAUCUGUGGAACGUUACACUCGGUGGACCAGUUCCUGAACAUCAAACUCUCAGACAUCAGCGUGACCGACCCAGAGAAAUAUCCACAUAUGCUUUCAGUCAAAAACUGUUUCAUCCGUGGGUCGGUAGUGAGAUACGUGCAGCUGCCAGCUGACGAGUGCGACACACAAUUACUACAGGAUGCAGCGAGGAAAGAGGCAGCACAGAGUAAACAGUAGCAUCGCCUGAAAGAUGCUGACUUUGUAAAUACGUAGCAGUUUAGUUAUUUUUUUAUGUACAAAAACUUUCCGUUCCAUGUGGUGAAAAGUUGCACCACAGAUGGAAGUACAAGUAUUGUAAAUAGCAUCCAGUUUGUAUUUGUACUAUUAGAGUUUGUUAUGACCAAGUUAUUAUGAUGUUGUUUAAUUGUGACAUCAAGGCUCCCUGGGAUCAUUAGACGUUUUCGUCAACACCAUGAUUUUCCUAAUUUGCUUACGUCGUCCUUUAUUCCAAUGGACACCAAGGAGUUUUUAAUUGAAAAAGUGAAUAAAGGUACCAACCACGAAAGCAAGGUAGCAGA